UGAGUACCUUGUGUCAUGACUUCCUUUGACACUUUAGCCCAACACACGUGAUCCAGCACACACGUGCAUGAGAAUCCAACCUCAAUAUUCCACUCUCUCUCUCUCCAGGGAACCCAAAAGGAUUUUGGAUUACAGUGAGAGAUUAAUAUAAGGGGAAGGCUUUGUUUUAGAGAGAGAUUAAGAGGAAGAGAGAAAGAGAUUGCAUGUGUAGGAUUUUGGUUUACAGAGAGAUUAAGAGGGAAGAGAAAAGGAUUGGGAGCCUGCUUUAACCACCCAAGACCUGUGUUAUAGAGAGAGAAGGGAGAGUAGGAAACAAGGGAGAAAAUCGCUAGAGAGAGAAAGAGAGAGUCUUGCCUCCCACAAUUUGCCAUUGCCCCACUGGUUCAUGGUUAUUAACAAUGGAUACUCUUUAUUGAAAACCCACAAAUUUCUGCAAAAUUUACACAUAUUCUUCCACGUGGUUAGCCCAUGUCAGCACCAUUUUCUCUCUUUUUCAUUUUCUUCACAGUACAUAGACGUAAAUAAAGUCUCUCUCUCUACCCCUCCAUUGAGGAGGCCAGAGGUUGAGGUGGGUCUUAAUGUUAUGCUCUGUAGAAGUCAUGGCGGCUAAGAAAAUGUCAGAGUCUUUUUCUAGGGCAUUGAUUGAAGAAGUGCAGAGAUGGAGCGAAAUGAAGCAAACAGGGGUGAGUUUGAAGUAUAUGAUGGACUUUGGGUCUAGACCAACACAGAGAAACUUGCUUAUUGCUGCUCAGUUUCUUCACAAGGAGCUUGCCAUAAGAAUUGCUCACAGAGCUCAAGAAUUGGAGAACCUUCCUUAUGGUUUAUCUGAGAAACCAGCGAUUUUGAAGGUUCGGGAUUGGUACUUGGAUUCAUUUCGUGAUCUUCGAAUGUUUUCUGAGAUUAAAGAUUCAGAAGAUGAAAUUGCUUUCACUCAAAUGAUAAACAGAAUCAAAGUGAGGCACAAUAAUGUUGUCCCUGCAAUGGCUUUGGGGGUUCAGCAGUUGAAGCAAGACCUAGGCCGGAAGAUUGUUCCCGGGGAUCUACCUGAAAUUCAUCAGUUUCUCGACCGUUUUUACAUGUCGAGAAUUGGGAUUCGCAUGCUCAUAGGGCAACAUGUGGGUCUACAUGAUCCCAAUCGUGAACCUGGACGUGUAGGUCAGAUAGAUACUCGCAUGUCUCCAUUGAAAGUAGCUCGAAAUGCCAUUGAUGAUGCUCGUGUUAUCUGUAUGCGUGAAUAUGGGAGUGCGCCAGAAGUUGAGGUUUUCGGGGAUCCUGAUUUUACAUUCCCGUAUGUCCCAUCACAUUUGCAUCUCAUGGUGUUUGAAUUAGUUAAGAAUUCUUUACGAGCAGUUGAAGAGCGUUUUAUGAAUUCAGAUAAAGUUGCACCUCCAAUUAGAAUCAUAGUUGCGGAUGGAAUUGAAGACGUUACAAUAAAGAUCUCAGAUGAAGGAGGUGGAAUACCUAGAAGCGGUCUUCCCAAGAUAUUCACAUAUUUAUACAGCACUGCACGGUCCCCAUUGGAAGAGGACAUGAACACUACUAGUGGAGCGACUAUGGCCGGAUAUGGGUACGGGCUCCCUAUAAGCCGCUUGUAUGCAAGAUAUUUUGGGGGUGACCUGCAAAUCAUAUCGAUGGAAGGAUAUGGUACUGAUGCAUACCUACAUUUGUCCAGACUUGGGGAUUCUCAAGAGCCUCUCCCUGAUUAGGUUGCAGACACUAGGUUUCUCGUCCGCGCACAACUCUUGGACGAAAGGUAAUUAGUCAGAUGAAACACUGUUAACUGAUUGCUUAUUGAUAAAUAACUCCCCCCGAAAAUGUAAGAUUCUUGGACAAAAAUUGCUAUUUGCCAUGAAGAGGACUCACAUUUGUAUCACAAAACAAAGGUAGUUAUCUUAUAAGAUGUUUAAGCGCUGUCUGGUGCUUCUUUGA